AUGUGCAUACUCCCUUUACUCUGGAUCCCUUCUGUAACAUUGCUAGUUCGAGAAGAAGGUACCGAAAACGAAAAACCACCGUACAGUUACGUGGCACUCAUUGCUAUGGCUAUUGAAGCUUCACCUGAGAAGCGCCUCACUCUCAGUCAAAUUUACAAGUUUAUUGAUGCCAAAUUUCCCUACUAUCGUUCUGCGGAUCCGAAACGCCGUCAGGGAUGGCAAAACAGUAUUCGACAUAAUCUAUCGCUCAACGAUUGUUUCCUGAAGAGGGCGCGUGAUGGAAUGAGCCAUGCUAACGAUCGCAAAGGAAACUACUGGACAUUGGCCGCAGAUUGUACGCCUAUGUUCGACAAUGGAAACUAUAAAAGGAGACCCUAUGCAUAUGAUGUUAAUGGGAGGAGUAAGUCAUAUCACACAGAAACUUCUGAAAUUUUAGACAAAAACUUAGCAAAGUAA